AUGCCAGUCUGGCUGGUCUACCAUCAUCCCUCUCAAUUCUCCACGGAGGAAUCCUGCAGUGCGUUGGCGCGGGAUAUUACCACCAAAGUCUACAACAUGAUCCCACCAUUCUACACGCAGGUUGUCUUCCAACCAACAGCUUCUAUCUACGUUGGUGGUGAGCAUAACGAGAAAAUGGUGCGUUUUGUCAUCCACGAACUUGCUGGUCAACACCACGGUCAUGUGUACAGAGCGAAAUGGGUCAACCGUGUCAAUCGUGUGUUGGCACCUCACAUUGCGGAAAAAGGCCUUGAUUGGGAGUUUCAUAUUGAGGAACCCUCGCGAGACCUGUGGAGUAUUCGCGGUCUCGAGCCACCACCUUUGGGAUCCAAGGCGGAAGCAGAGUGGAUUCGGCGGAACCAGCCAGUUCCUUACAAGCUUUGA